AUGCCUGGUAUUUUUCCUGUAGUGCUGAUCACCGACCUUAGGGCAGAGUGUGCUGUGGAAGUGAAUUAUAACACGUCUAAGAAAUCAAGCCCUGAUUCUGAAGGAACAUCCUCAAACUUCUCAACUGCAAUCAUGAAGAAACAAGGCUCAGAUGGCAAUCCUGCUCCAGUUAUGCCAGCGCUGCCAGAACCAUUGAAAGACCUGAAAAUUAAGUACACCAAGAUAUUUAUAAACAAUGAAUGGCAUGAUUCGGUCAGUGGUAAAAAAUUUGCAGUCUUUAACCCCGCAACUGAAGAGAAAAUCUGUGAGGUUGAAGAAGGUGACAAGGCAGAUGUAGACAAGGCAGUGAAAGCAGCUAGAAAGGCUUUUGAGCUCGGGUCAACCUGGCGCACAAUGGAUGCUUCAGAGCGAGGAAGGCUCUUGAAUAAACUAGCUGACUUGGUCGAAAGAGAUCGUCUGAUUCUAGCUACAAUGGAAACCAUUGAUGGUGGGAAGCUCUUUUCCACGGCCUAUCUAAUGGACUUGGGUGCCUGUAUCAAAACUUUACGCUACUGUGCAGGCUGGGCUGAUAAAAUCCAUGGGCGUACUGUUCCAAUGGAUGGAAACUUUUUUACAUUUACUAGACAUGAGCCUAUUGGGGUGUGUGGCCAAAUUAUUCCUUGGAACUUCCCACUGGUUAUGUUCAUCUGGAAGAUUGCCCCUGCUCUUUGUUGUGGAAACACGGUGGUUGUCAAACCAGCAGAACAAACUCCACUCAGUGCCCUUUACAUGGGAUCCUUAAUUAAAGAGGCAGGAUUUCCACCUGGAGUAGUGAAUAUUGUGCCAGGCUUCGGACCCACCGCUGGAGCAGCAAUUUCUCACCAUAUGGAUAUAGAUAAAGUAGCUUUCACAGGCUCUACAGAGGUUGGCAAACUGAUAAAAGAAGCAGCAGGGAAAAGCAAUCUGAAGAGAGUUACCUUGGAACUUGGAGGAAAAAGUCCGAACAUUAUAUUUGCAGAUGCAGAUUUGGAUGCUGCUGUGGAAUUUGCGCAUAUUGGUCUGUUCUAUCACCAGGGACAAUGUUGUAUAGCAGGAUCUAGGAUUUUUGUGGAAGAGCCUAUUUAUGAUGAGUUUGUUCGCCGGAGCAUUGAAAGAGCAAAGAAGUAUACUCUUGGGGAUCCUUUGAAGCCAGGUGUGCAGCAAGGCCCUCAAAUUGAUAAGGAGCAAUAUAAAAAAAUCCUGGAGCUAAUUGAGAGUGGGAAAAAAGAAGGAGCCAAGCUGGAAUGUGGAGGAGGUCCAUGGGGAGACAAGGGUUACUUCAUCCAGCCCACAGUUUUUUCCAAUGUUACAGAUGAUAUGCGCAUCGCCAAAGAAGAGAUAUUUGGACCUGUUCAACAAAUCAUGAAGUUUAAAACCAUAGAUGAAGUUAUCAAGAGGGCAAAUAAUACCACCUAUGGCUUAGCAGCAGCAGUUUUUACCAAAGACAUUGACAAAGCAUUGACAUUUGCAGCUGCCCUUCAGGCUGGAACAGUAUGGGUUAAUUGCUACAGUGCAUUGUCUGCUCAAUGUCCCUUUGGAGGUUUUAAGAUGUCGGGAAAUGGACGAGAAAUGGGAGAAUAUGGUCUUCAUGAAUACACAGAAGUUAAGACUGUCACCAUCAAAAUCCCUCAAAAGAACUCGUAA